AUGGCUUCGAUGCAAGGGAGUACGAUCGAUUCGUUUGGAUUUUCCGACUACAUAGAAGAGGAGUCUCAAGUAGUGAGCGAGUCUAAGGAGAGAAGUAGCACUGUGAACGUCCCCGCAAACGGAAGCAUAAAUCAAGAUCCAGCUGGUACACAGUCGCACCAGACCAGCGGCGAGCUCGAUGACAACGGAAGAUCCCCAACCGCGCCCCGGGAAGCUCUCGAUCAACGCGAGUCUAGGGAGUCGGAGGGCAUGGUCAGCAAUGACAAGACUGUUUUCCAGACCCCAGAUGAGAGCAGCGAGUGCAUUCACGAGCCUGUCAAGAGACCACCUACUCAGUCACCCCAGGGAAAGGUUCGCGGUGCCAGCCUCCCUAUUGGCAUUAAUCUUGAGAAUCCCAUCGGCUCGAAAAAGUCACAAUUGACACCAGCCACUUCCACUAAUCCUACCUCCUCCUAUAGCUUGCGUGACCGAACACAGAGCAAGCUCGUCUACGAUGUAAGGUACCAUCCCAUGGACGAUGCCAUUCGACCUGCUCGAGCUGCCAAACGUCGUUCAGCACAUGGGGAGACGAUAGUGGUCGGUUCCGACGAUCCGAGUGACGCUUCUGCGGUCAUUGAUACCGAAGCUAGUGCUGGAGACUCGAGCGAUGUACAAAACGAGGACAAGGAAGAGAUACCAAAGCAGGGCAGAAAAGUCACAGGACGCAAGCAAACCAGAUCACGGCCAUUACCUACUGAGGGUACGAGACGCUCCACACGUAAGGUCUCAAACCAAAAGACAUCGUACAACAUAAACAUCCACCCCCAAGACAAGUAUCUCGUCAUAUCUAGCGACGAUGAGGACAUGCAGCCAUCAAUCAACAAACGCAGGAAUCUCACUCAUAAACGUCCAAACGAAAGUGAUGAGUCAGGGUCCGACAACAAAGUAGCGAAGAAGUCUAAGACAUCUUGUCAAAAACGAUCGCGCCGCACCGACCUCGGGACUUCUGAUAGCUUAGACUCCAGUGGCGCGCCUGUGUUCCCUAGUGUGGAGACCGGUAACGACAGUAAGCAUACCAUUGCCACCACGGCUUUCUCACAUCCACCGUUUGUCAAUAGCCCUCUUGACCAUGGUGUUCGGCGCCGGGAAGGUAUAGAUGUCUGGCAUUACCCUCCCGGAAAGAGGUACCUCAACCAUGAUAGAGAUUAUUGGCCCACUCUUCCUGGUCAGUCAUUUGAGAUCUUUGACGAGAAGCUCGAAGACCAACUAGCGCGCGAAGCCAUGGAAGCAUCACCACUCAAUUACGAGCAUGACAAUAAGGAAAACAUGAACAACGCAGACGUUGAGCUGCGAUCUGAUGACUACGAUGGCAUAUAUGUCAUGCCGUCUGCGCAAUAUCGGCAGUCUAGCGACGAACGGCAGCUGGCGCAACACCGCGCUCUUGUCUCUGACGCCCUUUACUCUGAUGAGGCUCCGCAGUCUUAUGGUCUAGAUGAAACUUAUGGCACCCAUGAAUUACAAACAAAUUCUCUUACAGAAUACAUGGAUAUACUCGCAUCUGGUGGACAUUUGCCUCCAGGUCAGCCGCAAGUUGAAACGCAAACUGGGACACAGGACUCAGUCCUCGAUACCGACUUGAUCGAUGAGAUCACAGGAGUGGAGUCGCAAGCUCCUUGA